UUAGGGUCGAUUUUUAAACCUCUGUUAUUGAUUCAUAAAGACAACAAUUUUCACCAUUGCCAAAAAAAUUAUUAAAAAUUUUAAAAUUGCCGACCACUAGAUCGAGGUCCCCCUUGACCCUUCCGACCGGAGGACUCCGACGGCAUGGUUAUCUACCUCACCCUCCACGACGCCUUUAGGGGAGAUUGGCUUCCAGAAGGCGGCAGCGCCACAGCCUUUGUUCUUCCACCUCCAGUGAAGCCCGAUUCGCCGGAUAUAGGGGCGCCGGCGAAGGGCAAAAACUAUCGAGGAGUGAGACAACAGCCGUUGGGGAAGUUUGCAGCGGAGAUUAGGGAUCCGGCGAAGGAUGGAGUUAGGAUUUGGUUGGGGACAUUUGAGACGCGAGGUAGGAAAGGGAUCAUUGCAGAAUUCAAAGAACUUGCAUCUUCACUUCCUAAGGAGAUGGUUGCCAUGCAAAGUGAGUUGGAAAAAUUAAAAGAUUUUUCUUCCGAAAUUCAUUGGCUUGCGAGCUCAAGUGCAGUCUUUAUCUGCAUUAUUGCAACGGGAGGCAAUGCUUCCUGAUGGAAUACCACAUGAUUUGGUGAUAUCAUGCAUCUCUAAGUUCAAUAUUUUGACAACUGAACUGUACUUGAUGAAAUAGGUUGACAAGUUGCAAUAAUUUUGCUUUCUUACUUUCUUUGUAAUAUGCUUAUUUUAAACUGUUCAACUUGUCGGUGAGUUUUUAAGAUUUUGAUGUUCUUCUUUCA